AUGUCACAAGACAGCGCCCUCUCAAUCGCAGCAAGUAUCACGGGAAUCCUCACAUUUGUCGGCGCCGUGAUCGCAGGUUUCUACGCCUGAGCAAUCAGUCUCCGUUCAGCCAUAGAUACUCAGGCUGAGGUCUCAUACGUCCUAGAUCAGAUAGAGCUCCUGCAUAAGGAGACGUCCAUGUUGAACAACGCAUACUUGGCAUCGCAAAUCCGGCAUCCAGAUAGAAAGUACGGAACGGGGGACUUUCAAUAUUUCCAGAGACUUUACAAGGAGUCUCUCGACAAAUUGUCCGAAAUGGAUCGAAAAUUAGAGGAGAGUGCUGUGUCUGUUACUGGGGGUAAUGAUAUGAGAUAUAAUAAGGUAUCCAGAGUUAACUCAGCUGCGCUUUGGAUGGCUGCUCGGGAAAAGAUUCGCAGAAGCAUCAAACAACGAAAAGCAGAGAGCAACCGCACCUUUCAAAUACAAUUAGCCAUGUUAUCAGCGUGAGUCUACCUUCGCCAUGUGAAAGAGAAUCAAUUAUACCGGAUUCUGACAUUGGUUCUUCAGAAAAAUCGACGGACUAUCAUAUCAUCAAAACCAUCACAAUUCAACUUGCAACGUGAUCGAAGAAGUCGGAAGCCUUCGAAGGUAUUCACUCACCCUCCUUACAUAUUCAUCAAUUUCUUCCAGGCACAAGAACACGCCAAUAUAUACCCAGAAAUUGCUAAUCAAGUACAGCGGCGUACAAAGCAACAUUUUCCGAAUCAAAUCCAGUGACUCAACAGAUCCAACGCCUCGUGAAUACCAAAAGGUAGCCACAAACUCAGAUAAGGAGCCUCUCAUAACCGAAAUCUUAAAAAUAAGCUCAGGUCCCCUGCUUAAUGGAGGGGCAGGGUAUACCUUUGACGUACACAGCGGAGCCACAUAA